GUUCAAUUGAGAUUAGUACCACAGUUGGCAUUCUAAAACCUUUCUCUCUCUUCUCUUCCACCUUCUCCUAAUUAGAAACAAAAACCUUCUCUUUUAUUCUUUCAUUCGUUUUAGAUUUUGCAUUUGAAAUUUUCCAUAUAUGAAAUAAGUCAAGGAAAGGAGAUUAAACAACAAAGGCUUUUGCAUUUGUGAUCAAUAGCAUUUUCCUCUCAAAAGAAGUUUCCAAUGAUGACAAAUGGAUCCAAAAACAAUGGCUUCUGAAUUUGAAGGAAAAACAUCUUAAUCUUAAUUCUCUAAAGGCAAUAAGCAUUAUUCCCUCCUAAAAAUUCGAUUUUUGCUUCCACAUUUUGCUACCCUAAGGCCACCACCAUUGGGAUCGUGUUUGUGAUUCCUAUAUGACGAUUAGAGGGAUCUACAAUAAAGGUUUCAAGUACAUAUCUCAAAUUUUUGCUGUGAGUGUGAAGGAGAAGGAGAUAGAAAUUGGGUCUCCAACAGAUGUUAAGCAUGUGGCUCACAUUGGAUGGGAUGAUCCCAAUGGAAAUGGACCCACUUGGAUGAAUGAAUUUAAAACUGCACCUGAUUUUUCAACAUCAAUUGGUGCCAAUCCCAAUUCAACGACUAAUCAAGAUUUUGAAGAUACAACAGGAAGCCAAUCAACACCACCAGCUGGGGUUACUAAUAAUGUUCCUAAGAAGCCAAAGAGGAAAAAGGCAAAGGCAACUUCCUCUCCUAAAUCUUCAUCAAGACAAUCAAGAGCACCAAGGUCAAAGGGAGAGAGAAACAACAACAAUUGCUGAUCAACAUUAGAUGGUUUAUCAAGAAUGUUAAAUUGGUGCAUUGAAAAUGGAUUUGGGCAUUGGCAAUUGGCAAUGUUAAUUAAUAGCAAAAACCAUAUGCAAUGCCCUUAAUAUUAGGUACACUAUGGAAUCAAAGAGCAAAACUAUUAAAAUUUCCAUGUUGUUUAGUAUAUCCAAGUUCACUUAGAGAAAAAUCAAAUAUCAUGCUAACAAGGUGGGAGAAAAAUCAUUGAGGAGAAAAAAUGUGGCUACUACUCUUGGGUGUUUGGAUGUGUGUUGGUGAUUGAUUGGUUUUAUGUGAAUUAUAACUAAACCUUAAAUAUAUAAGCUGUAUUGUCAGUUUUGUAGAUUAAAUGAAGAUAUGGAGGAAAACAAAAAUUGUAAAAUAUCUUCAUUUUUAUAAGAUCAAUAUAAGCUAGUAAUUGACUAUUCUUUUUUUUUUUUUUUGGUUA